AGUCAGUCUGCGUUUCCUGAGAUGUGAUUGGUUUAAAUAUCGAAGUUGUUUUCUUUACAUUGCUGCUUUACUGCAAAGCGUCUCGGAACGACAACGCUGUAGAGAUGAUUGAGGUUGUAUGUAACGAUCGACUGGGCAAAAAAGUCCGAGUCAAAUGCAAUUCUGAAGACACUAUCGGGGAUCUGAAGAAGCUAAUCGCUGCUCAGACAGGAACCAGGUGGGACAAAAUCGUCUUGAAGAAAUGGUACACUAUAUUUAAGGACCACGUGUCGCUUGGUGACUAUGAGAUCCAUGAUGGGAUGAACCUGGAGCUGUAUUACCAGUAGAGACUGGAGCGCACGCGCGCACACACACACGCACGCGCGCGCACACACACACACACACACACACACACAGAAUACAGCCAGGACCGCUUACAUAAAUACACACACACAUUUCUCUACUUUAACCCAUUAUAUAGGUGAAUGUGAGUAAUGUGUGUGAAGCUUCAGAAUGUCUUAGAGUGGAAAAUAUCAGUUAUUAAAUUUAUUUGAAUUGUUCUGUUUUUUUUUUAUUUGGAAAUAAAAACAAUAUUGAUAUCAAA